AUGUUCCGUCUUCUGCUAAGAGGUAUGAAUGGAAUAUUUGCAAUUGAAAAGCCAUCGGGCAUAUCUUCGUCGAAUUUUUUGGGGGAAUUACAAGCCAUUUUCACAAAAUCAUCUGUUUUUCAUCAAGACUUGAUUGACGCAAGAAAUAAAACGAUCAAAGCAUUGAGCACAGAUAAAAAAUGGCUGAAGCAAAAAAUAGAUAAGAAAGUAAAGAAUCUUAAAGUCAAAAUUGGUCAUGGAGGGACCCUUGAUCCACUAGCAAGUGGAGUUUUAGUAGUCGGUAUUGGUAAUGGUACCAAGAAAUUGCAAUAUUAUCUUGGGGAAUGUAAUAAGACAUACGAAACAAAGGCUCUUUUAGGCAUUUCAACUACUACAGGUGAUUCAGAGGGUGAAAUAAUUACCAAGAACAAAACAGAUCAUAUCACGAGGGAUUUAAUCGAGUCCAUAGCUUAUAGGUUUGUUGGUGAUUUACAACAAACACCGCCGAUUUUUUCAGCAUUGAAGAUGAACGGAAAGGCAUUAUACGAUUACGCUAGGGAGGGAAUCCCUCUUCCUAAGCCAAUAAAGCUGAGAAAGGUUAAAAUCCACGAUAUUAAAGUUCACGAGGAAGAUACUUUAAGCAGACUGCAUCAGUUUGCGUCUUUAGAAAGUCAGUUAGAUGAAAAUGGAGUACCAAAAGAGCAUCAGCUUGCUCGAAACCCCACGUUAAAUGAUUCAUCGUUAUUUUUUUCUGAUCAAUACUUGGAGAGAGCGGAAGUGGAAGGGCUUCCCAAGGAACCUGUAGAUCCUUUUCUUCUUGAAGAAGGGGAACUUUUACCUGAAAAGCUUCCUUUAAUUCAUUUUACCACUGAUGUUUCAUCGGGCACUUAUAUUAGAAGUUUGGUAAGUGAUAUAGGAAGAGGAUUGGGUUCUUCUGCAUACAUGGUUGAGUUGAUUAGAGUAAAACAGUCGGAUUGGGAAUUAGGUAAGAACGUUUUCAAAAUUCUGGACUUUAAAGAUCGGAAUGAAAAGGUGUGGGGACCAGUGUUGAAGAAGGUUUUAGAUAAUGGUUCUGAUGUUAACGUUGAUUUAGAAUUCAAAUUGUUGACAGGCAAGCUUUCACUGUCAUCCAAUGAAAAAGAGAUUAUCGAGGAGCAGAAGGUAGAGGUAGAAGUUAGCGAGGAUCUGCAAAGGGAUGCUAAUGAGAGCGAAGAACCAAAAACAAAGAAAAUACGUUUAUGA